AUGGCCGCUCAUGGCUCUGUAAGUAGCCGUCUCUCUCAGAGUCUUACGGAGGAAGAUGUCCCCGGAGCAUCGCUUCAGGGAAGAAAUCCGACUGCUCUUAAAACAGAUGAACUUCGCUUUUGGUUAAAAUGUCGUGGCGGUCCAGCAAAGGGGUUAAAAACAAAGGCACAAUUGGCGAAAAGGUAAGUACAGUAUUUGUCAGUCGUUCGUGAUACUUUUUAGAAUUAAAAGAGACUUUGAUAUUGUAAAUGGAGAUCAAAAGAUUUAAGAGUUAUUUUUCUCGAUGAAAUGUUUUUAAAAAUGUAAUGAUUAAUAGUUUUUCUACUUUUCAUUUUGAAGAGUUCUUGAAUAUUGCGUCUGGUCGUGACAAAGAUGUUGUGGAUCCCGAUAAAAAUCUGAUAUACACGCGUCGAAAGGCGAGACAAGAACAACUCGCCCAAAGUGAUGCGAUGCCUGAGGAAAGUACUGUUACAUUUCCAUCAGCCGGAUGGUCUACAAGUUUGCAACGAAUGCCAUUAUUCACAAGGGCAGAGAUGGAUUUACAUAUUUCUAAAUCUGGAAAAAACUUUGACAGAAAUAAACUACGAUGGCCCAGGAGGGUCACAGUCCAGUAUUGGUUUUUGACAGUCCAGUUAUGGUUUUACACAGUCCAGUUAUGGUUUUACACAGUCUAGUUUUAGUUUUUACACAGUCCAGUUUUAAUUUUUACACAGUCCAGUUUUAUUUUUUUACACAGUCCAGUUUUAUUUUUUUACACAGUCCAGUUUUAUUUUUACACAGUCCAGUUUUAAUUUUUACACGGUCCAGUUUUAUUUUUAUUACACAGUCCAGUUUUAUUUUUACACAGUCCAGUUUUAAUUUUUACACAGUCCAGUUUUAUUUUUUCACACAGUCCAGUUUUAUUUUUACACAGUCCAGUUUUAAUUUUUACACAGUCCAGUUUUAUUUUUUCACACAGUCCAGUUUUAUUUUUACACAGUCCAGUUUUAAUUUUUACACAGUCCAGUUUUUUUUUUUUACACAGUCCAGUUUUUUUUUUUUGUGUGGUUACCAGACCUCUCUCGCGCUACUGCAACACUUGUUAUCUAACGGCAGCCAUUUUGUAUUUCCUUGCGACGAUGGAUUCAAUCAUCAGGCAGGCUGUUCGAGAGGAACUGAGACGUUCAAGUUCUAGUCGUCCAGAAACUGCGUCUUCUACUAAUCAAGAUGAUCAGGGAAGAAGUGAAAACGAAUCAGGUGCGGCUGGAUCAUCACGAAGUUCGUUUUCAUCACGAACAGUGGGCCGAUGUUUCUAAAACGAAGACCCAAAAACGAAGACCUAAGACCUCCUGGACUAAAACUCUAAACACUUUGGAUGUGUUUACGGUGAUGAUGACGUCAGUUUUGUUUAAAUAAAAAUUUUUCACACCAUGUACAUUCGAGAAAGCUUUCGAAGUCUUGUGGUAACGUCCACAUCGGAAGUUCUCUCGGGAUCGAAUCUUGCUAAACGGAAGUGUGCUUUUCCUUUCCUUUUUUUUCUUUCAUUUUUGUAUUGUUAUCAUUAUGACAACUGCUUGAGCCGUAAAAGAUAAGUCAUUUUUUACAAUAGAGGUCAGAAUAAAGUAACAGGGAUAUAAAUAUAACCCCGUAUGUAUAUGAAUGAACCUUGCUUGCUUGAAACUCGAAAUGUACACCUUUAGUCGAGUGAUGUUCUGGAUCGACAGCUUUUUUUCUAUUGAUGAGGUAAAAAGUAUUAAAAAGAGCGCGAGGUUCCCCUCUCCUUAAAUUCAUCAUUGCUAAAUGUCUCGUUGUUAUUUCCUCCCGACGCCGGUUAUUUUGUUUUGUAAAUGUAUUGAUCGAUACAAUUGUUCGACAUUUUAGAACGCUAGAGCACGCGGUUAUAUUUUCUUAGCCGUCGAUCGAAGAAAAGGUGGGUGAAAGACUUCAUUAUUACAAUUAAAUAGCGCAGAGGAAAUUCCACAACCCUCCUAAAUCGCCUUAAAGUUUUAUUCCACAGGGGUCUUCGUUUUAGUCCACGGGGUCUUAGGUCUUAGCCCGGGGGGGGGGGGGACUCGAUAUAUCCUUGGGUGGGGAGGUGCGGCCCGGCCUCUUAUACCCUGACCCUGUGUAAGACAAAAAUCGCUGAUUUUCCUACACUGUUUAAGACAGAAUUCCGAUUUUCAUACCCUGUUUAAGACAUUCGUAGAACGUACGCGCAGGCUGUUUAUCGUCCAAGAAAAGAUACCCUGUUUAAGACAAAUAUUGAUAAAAUCGAUACCCUGUUUGAGACAAAAAUUCCGAAAAACAUACCCUGGCUGGCCGCACGUCCCCAUUAAGCCCUUAUAAGGGAGUACCCCCCCUCCCCGGGGUCUUAGGUCUUCGUUUUAGAAACGGCCCACUGUUCGUGAUGAAACGAACUUCGUGAUGAUCCAGCCCUGAUUCGUUUUCACUUCUUCCCUGAUCAUCUUGAUUAGUAGAAGACGCAGUUUCUAGACGACUAGAACUUGAACGUCUCAGUUCCUUUGUUCGAUUAUAGAUUAUUGAGACUCGCCUGCCUGAUGAUUGAAUCCAUCGUCGCAAGGAAAUACAAAAUGGCUGCCGUGAGAUUACAGUAGAGCGAGAGAGGUCUGGUAACUACACAGAAAAUAUAAGUGGACUGUGUAAAAAAAAAAUAAAACUGGACUGUGUAAAAUUAAAACUGGACUGUGUAAAAAUAAAACUGGACUGUGUGAAAAAAAUAAAACUGGACUGUGUAAAAAUUAAAACUGGACUGUGUAAAAAUAAAACUGGACUGUGUAAAAAAAAAUAAAACUGGACUGUGUAAAAAUUAAAACUGGACUGUGUAAAAAUAAAACUGGACUGUGUGAAAAAAUAAAACUGGACUGUGUAAAAAAUUAAAACUGGACUGUGUAAAAAAUAAAACUGGACUGUGUAAUAAAAAAAAAAACUGGACCGUGUAAAAUUAAAACUGGACUGUGUAAAAAUAAAACUGGACUGUGUAAAAAAAUAAAACUGGACUGUGUAAAAAAAUAAAACUGGACUGUGUAAAAAUUAAAACUGGACUGUGUAAAAACUAAAACUAGACUGUGUAAAACCAUAACUGGACUGUGUAAAACCAUAACUGGACUGUCAAAAACCAAUACUGGACUGUGACCCUCCUGGGCCAUCGUAAUAAACAGAACCAUGCUGUUCCAACAAGCAUAAAAAAGGCAAAAACAUUUCUUGAUGAUGAAUACCUGAGAGACUUAACUUGCGCAAGUGAUGACCAAUAUUUCUAUUUUAAAUGCUUGUGUUACCAUAGCUUUAACAAAAUUGAGCCACCCCACAAAUUACAAGUUGCACUUUGUUUAGUAAGUGGAGUUGUUAAAUAUGCUUUGUGUACAUGUGUAGCAGGAUCUGUUGGUUUUUGCAAUCAUGUGCUUGCUGUUAUGAUGAAACUCUGUAAGUUCAGCUUGUAUUGUUGUCAAGAUAUUAAGGACUUGGAAAAUGAAUGUGAUAUGACACAAGCUAAGGCAUGCACUUCAAGUUUACAACUAUGGCACAGGCCUGUAAGAGGAGAUAAAAUCAUGCUCCAACCUGUCAUGGAACUUGAGGUAAAAAAGUCGAAUAUAGACACAGAGCAUAACCCUGAUAGUGGAGUAAGGUGCUUGUUGUAUGAAGCUAGGAAAAAUUUGGGUACGCAGGCAUCUGAUGAAGCUUUGUUAAAAAAAAAAGCUUCAAGAGAUCAACCCUAA